AGAGAUAUAAGCUCAGUGGAGCGAUGUCCUAGGUUAGUCGAUCAAGCGAGUAGACUCAGAAAGAAUCGAAAAAUAUACCCAAAUCAGUCAAAUAAGCGUGGGACGCUUUGAAUUCUAUCGCUUAAGGAUUAUUUAAUUGGAUGUAAGGAUAUGGCGUUAGCUGUUCCAGUAAUACAGAACGCGCGCGCCGUGUUAGAAGACGAACUCGGGUGUAGUACAAGCCAUGAUAACCAACCGCUCACUUCUACUGUCCUAACUAUGACUAGAGCGGCUACUACAGCUUCUACAAACUUACUAAAUGUCCCCGGAACAGAAGAGUGGCAACAGACGAGAUGGGAGAUGGAUAAAUACCUCUGUUGUGCUCAACCUUCGCCUAUCAUGCCAGCGAUCGCAAAUUUGAGAAAAAGAAAAUUCAGACGCGAAAGUGCCAACGUUGUCAACGAUUUUUUCACUUUUGACGACGAUGACGACUCUGCUUCGGCAUUAUUCUCCGAUAAGGACUUGGUGUCCGAUAAAGUAUUUAUAACUGACAAUUCUACAAGCUAUCCUAUGACUUUUGUCAGUGAAUCGUCGACAGUGUCCUUCGUUAACCGGACAUUAAAUCCGAACGUUGUGUCAGUGAGUGUGCCACAGCUCAAAGUUAUCCCUCCUCCAAGCGACUACACAGUUAUAUUCCCUCCUACUCCGCCGAAUUCGAAUCCUGGGUCACCGGAACAAACGGCGCAAAUUCUCCUCUCUCACCCGCUUGGUCCACCUCCACCGUACAGACCUCAAGCUAUCCCGUUAGGUAGUAACCGACGAAACUCGCCUGAGCUUGCGAGACGAAGAAUACAUCACUGCGACCAUCCAGGAUGCAAGAAGGUAUACACUAAGUCAUCGCAUUUGAAGGCUCACAUUCGAACACAUACCGGAGAAAAGCCAUAUAAGUGCAACUGGGAGGGUUGCGAAUGGAGGUUUGCUCGAUCUGACGAGCUAACCAGACAUUUCAGGAAACAUACUGGGGCCAAACCAUUCAAAUGUCAGCACUGUGAUCGCGCCUUCGCCAGAUCUGAUCAUUUAGCACUGCACAUGAAGAGACACCAGCCACAGCACUAAAAUGGCUUUCAACGACAAACUCUCUUCAACUGCGAAAUGGCCUCCUGAACAGUGAGCUGGGUUUUAAAUGCAUUGUAAUUUUUUUUAUUGCCGCUCUUAGAUGGGGUACCGUGCACUUUCUAAGUGUUGUGUUGGCUUGUGUUGUUUACAGAAUGUGACACUGAGGACAAAUGGACGUAUAUUUGUCAGAAGGAAAAGUAACUUCGAAUUAUUGCGUUAAAUGAACUUGUAUUUAUUCCGGGCUACGGAAAAAAAUCAAUUUUCAUGAGAAUUUAAUCGCCGGGACUUGGCGUGUUUGUUGUGACCCUGAGCGAAAGACCCUUUUGCUCUAUUGGUUUUCUAAAAAAAUGGAGAGACAUUGUUAGAUGCGUUGUAAAUAGUUGUUCAAGUUAAUAAAUAGAACAAAAUAGGAUUCAGUUUUUGAAAAAAAAUAUACAAGAAAAGGACAAAAAGAAAAGAUGUAUUUUAUGUUAUGGUAAGCUAGAUCCUUUAUUGAAUGAUAUUUAAAAGACACUAUUUUAUUUGUAAAAUAGGUUUAUGAAAAAAAUUAAAGAACAAACCGUUUUCAA